AUGAAGCAAAAGGGGUCCCCUCUACUCUCAGGGCCUGCCAUGCCCCAUGAAGAGGACAUUACCUUUUCCAAGACCAGAGGGACACUGAGCUGGAGUAGCUCCUCAUCCUCCCAGUCCUCCAAAGACUACCAGUCCUACUCCCAGUACCAGUCUUGCUACUCAUGCUUGUACGACCAGGAAAAUGGGUCUCAGCAGAGUGUGUGCGCCUUCUACACCCACGUGCAGACUGUGCGAGGAGUGGCUGUGGCCUGGGAGACAGAGACGGGAUUUGAGCCAGUCAACAAGAAGCCCAACAGGAAGCCCCGCAUUCGUGAAGCUGAAUUCAUCAAGAGGCAGAGGAGAAAAGGAUCCUCCUUCGAGAUGGCUUCCAACACCGACCUGCAUUGGGACUUGGAAGCCAGCAAGCACUGCUGCCCAGAGGAAGAGGACUCAGAGCUGCUGGCGCCCCUGGACUGCUGCUUGCAGGAGUUGCGGGAACAUCCAGAUUGGCUGGUUACUACAGACUAUGGGCUGCGUUGCAUGGCCUGCUGCAGAGUCUUCCCCACAUUGGAGGCACUGCUAGAACACGCCCAAUAUGGCAUUAGGGAGGGCUUCAGCUGUCAGAUCUUUUUUGAAGAGAUGCUAGAGAGAAGGCGUGCCCAGAAUCAAGGGAUCAUUCACAAGCCCCAGUUUUAUGCCAAGAUGUCAGUGGGAUUAAAAUUUAAUAACUCAGAGUUUAAGGCCAUGGCUAAUUGA